AUGCAUCGGGCUGCCGGUAACGUGUCUGAGGCAAUGGUAGCCCUCAAUGAGAAAGACAUGCAUGACAUAAGGGAAAAGAUCAAGCAGGACAAUAGGCUGUGUGGAUUAAAGGAUGGAACCAAAGUGAAUGUGGAGGGUGACACUUGCUAUAACAACCCACUGUUCAACUCUGGUGGACACACCCCGUUCCAAGGUGGUACGAUUGCGGUUACAACCAUGUGCGAAAACAACACCCGGUCCAAAAGGAUCAUUGGUGUUCAUGUCGCUAACAAGUUAUGCAUGGUUGCCAGCCGCCUUCGUAACCAAGGAAUUGCAGUGGAUUGUCCAAAUCAUGACGGAAAAUGUACGGCAAACAUGUCUGAGACGGGCGUUAUUGGGAACGAAGAAAAGUGUAACGAGCAGGUUGCCCGGAAAAUUUACACAGACCUUAACAUAGCCUUACUCACUGGGGAUGGUGACUCAAAGGGCCACAGUGGGGUUGAUAAGGCUCAGGUCCAGAAAACAGUUCACUUCAAAGAUUUGAGGCACUUAGGUAACUCUCUGAAGAGAGCUAUCAAUAAGGCUCAAUUUAGCAGUGGAAUGUUUGCUGAACCCGCUUCGAAGAGAGCAAACUUUCAAAACAGUACAAGGCUUCAGACCUCAACCCAAAAGUGUGAGGCUGUCAAUCGCGCUUACCAGACCGCAAUGCCCAAGCCAGUGACUUUCUCCCGUAACUGCACAGGCCGCAUCCACAGCACAAUCCUUAAGCUCAAGCAUCUGCCUGACUCUGCAAUAGUAAAUCUGAAUUUACAGAGAAGACUUAAGGCUGUCCGGUACUUGGCUAGGAAAAGGCGCUAUGCUCUUCACUCUGAAAUUGAUUAUACUGAGGGCUUGACAGAUCCAAAGCCAGAUUUUAGUGACAUCUCACAGCUAAAUGACCACAGCUUCAGCUAA